AUGUCCUCUAUCUUAGAGCUUUUGUUAUCUGAAAAUCCCUUGUAUUCAAGAGGACCUAGUGCUUAUUCUACUGGGACUAUGCCGUAUUAUAACAGUGGAUCUCCGGAAUUGAAUACACAGUCAUCACAAUUAUGGACAAAUUCAGGCGUCAACACGUCGGGCGGCCUCUCCAUGACCGACGACUACCCCAAGGUGUCGUCCUCCUCGUCGGGCAGCGCCUUGCCCGCCUUCAACCGACUGCCCUCGACCUUCCACCACGCUGCCAACGGCCACACGCACGGCCACGCACACCACCGCACCGCGCCAUACUCGCUGCCCGCCUCCUCGGCCGUUUACGGCGACUGGUCGGUGUACGCCGCCGAUCCACAUAACCUCAAUGCGGGCGGACAGCGCAGUCGGCCCAUAUCGGCGGCGGCCUCUCUGUCAGCAAUCGACCCACGCACCGCAGAAUACUUCACCGAGGGCAGGGAAUGCGUCAAUUGCGGCGCAAUUGACACCCCCUUGUGGCGCAGGGACGGCACUGGCCACUAUCUUUGCAAUGCUUGUGGCCUCUACCACAAGAUGAACGGCAUGAAUCGGCCACUGGUCAAGCAGCCUCGCAGAUUGUCAGCGUCUCGCCGUGCUGGUCUCACUUGCACCAAUUGCCACACCAGCACCACAUCCUUAUGGAGAAGGAACGCCCUAGGAGAACCAGUAUGCAAUGCAUGCGGCCUCUACUACAAGUUACAUUCCGUCAACAGGCCAUUGUCGAUGAAAAAAGACAGUAUUCAGACGAGGAAAAGGAAGCCGAAGGGCAGUAAAGAAAGUAAUGCAAAUGGAGCACAAAUACCUAGGAAUCUCAGUACACAUCAUACAUCGAUCUCAGGAACACCAAUCAAGAUGGAAGAUGUUGGAAUCAAAUUGGAAAAUGGAUUAGAAAACUACAAUGAUCUGAGAUCAGUCACAUCACUGAACCAACUUCAACACGCAGCCGCCUCUUCCGGCUACGUCUACACGACACAACAACACCAAAGAUUGAGCCCUUAUUCGUCCCAAUCCCCCCAAAUGACGACAGCCCAAUACUACGACUCGAUCCUCCAGCAGCCGAGCCCCAGCCCUAACUCCACCGCUUCUGACAGCCCUUCUUCGCCCCACAUGAUCAACAACAACAACAACAAUAGCACCAAGGUGAUCAUGAGCGGGGAUCUCGUGGUGGACAGACCGACUGUUGUUUCUUUGUCAUCUUGA